AUGUCCGAGCACUACAGCUUUGACCACUUCGACGGUGCAUCCAACUACGAUGCAACCAGCCCCGAGUACUCCUAUGCAGACCUCAGCUCUCACUCUUCCAAUCACGCCAAUGGUCACAAACAUGCGAAGUCCAGUUCCAACCUGCGUCGCAAAGAUCUCGACCUCGACCUAGACCUGGAUGCCAUUAGCGACCUCCACCUCACCGACCGCAAUCUCGACCCUUCCCGCUCCCAUGUUCACCCGCACCUUGGCCCACAUCCCAAGACCGAUAGCGCUUCUCAUGCGCACCUCAUGCACGACAAUCUCCACGGCGGCACCACUCGCCUUUACGACGCAGGUAUCGGCGACGAUGUGGACCAGACAUUGCUCCAAAACUUGCCCGAGCAUGCUUGCGCCUAUUGCGGCAUCUUUAAUCCAUCCUGCGUAGUCAAGUGUCUCAUCUGCAACAAGUGGUUUUGCAACUCGCGCGGAUCUACUUCCGGUUCUCACAUCGUCAACCACCUCGUCCGCGCAAAACACAAGGAAGUCUGCCUCCACGCCGAGUCGCCUCUCGGCGAGACAACGCCCGAAUGCUACAACUGCGGUGCCAAGAACGUCUUUCUUCUCGGCUUUAUUCCAGCAAAGAGCGAGACCGUCGUGGUCCUGCUCUGCCGCCAGCCUUGUGCCGCCAUGUCCAACUCCAAAGACAUCAUCUGGGAUACCACACAGUGGUCUCCGCUUAUCGAAGACCGAUGCUUCCUCACUUGGCUCGUCAAGGUGCCCUCCGAACACGAGCAGCUGCGAGCGCGGCCCGUCACCUUGCACCAGAUCAACCGUCUCGAAGAGCUUUGGAAGGAUAAUGCAAGCGCAAGCCUUGAGGAUCUCGACAAGCCCGGCGUCGAGGAAGAACCCAACAGCGUUCUCCUCCGAUACGAAGAUGCCUACCAGUAUCAAAAUAUCUUUGGACCUCUGGUCAAGAUGGAGGCCGACUACGAUCGCAAGCUCAAAGAGUCACAGACCCAGCAGGACCUGGUGGUUCGCUGGGACCAGGGUCUCAACCAGAAAAAGAUCGCCUUUAUGACACUCCCUAAACUCGAGAGCGGCGAGGUGCGUCUGGCCGUCGGUGACGAGCUAAAGCUUCGCUAUCGAGGCGAGCUCGCUCCUCCCUGGGAAGGCGUCGGACACGUCAUCAAGAUCCCCAACAACGUCUCGGACGAGGUGGCGCUCGAGCUCAAGAGGGCCGAUGGCGUCCCCGACCACUGCACGCACAAUUUCUUUGCCGAUUUUGUCUGGAAGGCCACCUCGUUUGAUCGCAUGCAGAGCGCCAUGAAGACGUUCGCCGUCGACGAACAGAGUCUCAGUGCUUACAUCUACCACAAGCUGCUCGGCCACGAGAUCGAAAAUUCGACGCUUCGAACCACCAUGCCCAAACGCUUCAGUGCUCCCGGCCUGCCCGAGCUCAACCACAGUCAAGUCAAUGCAGUCAAGAGUGUCCUGCAGAAGCCGCUCAGUCUCAUUCAGGGUCCUCCGGGCACCGGUAAGACCGUCACUUCCGCCUCGAUCGUCUACCAGCUCAGCAAGAUGAACCCCGGUCCUGUGCUGGUGUGUGCCCCCUCAAACGUCGCUGUGGACCAGCUCACCGAAAAGAUUCACAUGACCGGCCUCAAGGUGGUGCGUCUCACCGCAAAGAGUCGAGAGGCGCUCGAGAGUCCCAUAAGCUUUCUCACCCUCCACGAGCAGGUCGCCAACAACGACACCAACAUCGAGCUGCAAAAGCUCAUCCAGCUGAAAAACGAACAGGGCGAGCUCAGCAGCAGCGACGAGCGAAAAUGCAAGGCCCUCAUCCGUGCCUGCGAAAAGGAGAUCCUCAGCACCGCCGACGUGAUCUGCUGUACCUGUGUCGGAUGCGGAGAUCCACGCUUGGCCAAGAUCAAGUUCCGCACCGUGCUCGUCGAUGAGGCGACGCAGGCCGCCGAGCCUGAGUGCAUGAUCCCGCUCGUCAUGGGCUGCAAGCAAGUCGUGUUCGUCGGAGACCACCUGCAGCUUGGACCUGUCAUCAUGAACAAGAAGGUGGCUCGUGCAGGUGCCAGUCAGAGUCUGUUCGAGCGGCUCAUUAUGCUCGGCAAUCGACCUAUUCGACUGCAAGUGCAGUACCGCAUGCACCCUUGUCUCUCCGAGUUUCCUUCCAACAUGUUUUACGAGGGCACCCUGCAGAACGGUGUCACUGCACCGGAACGACUGCGCAAAGAUGUUGACUUCCCCUGGCCCGUGCCGUCGCUGCCCAUGCUCUUCUUCCAGAAUCUGGGCCAAGAGGAGAUCUCGAGCAGCGGCACUUCCUUUCUUAACCGCACCGAGGCGUCCAACGUCGAAAAGAUUGUAACGCGUUUCUUCAAAGCCGGCGUCAAGCCAUCGCAGAUCGGCAUCGUGACGCCCUACGAGGGCCAAAGGAGCUACGUCGUCAAUCACAUGCAGCUGCAUGGAUCCCUCAAAAAGGAGCUGUACAAGGAAGUCGAAGUGGCCAGCGUCGAUGCCUUCCAGGGCCGAGAAAAGGACUACAUCAUCCUCAGCUGCGUGCGCAGCAACGAGCACCAAGGUAUUGGAUUCUUGAGCGAUCCGCGACGUCUCAAUGUGGCGCUCACCCGAGCUCGAUUCGGUUUAGUGAUCCUCGGCAACCCGAAGGUGCUCAACAAGCAUCCCCUGUGGCACUACCUGCUCGUCCACUACAAGGAGAAAGGAUGCCUGGUUGAAGGCGUGCUGUCCAACUUGCAGCCGAGCAUGAUGCAGUUCCCCAAGCCGCGUCGACCGUUGCAAAAGCCUGGCGAUCUCAUGGCGCGACACCGUCACGAUCUGGUAGGAGGCGUCGACGGCUACGGUGCGUCUCGUGGCGGCCGACUGCCCGAGGCUGGUGGCAAGGGAGAAUCAAACGAGCUCGGUUUCUUCCGCACGCACGAUCCCAUGUCGUACAUUCCGAGCGAUGCGCAGAGCGUCACGAGCUUGGGCACGCAGGCUACGUAUCCGUCAGCGCACCUGUCGGUGGGUGGUACACAUGGACCGUACGCCAGCAGCAUUGUGAGCCAAGACGUCGACACGGAGAGCCUGGCCGGAAGCACUGCGCCGUCGGCAAGCAUCACGUACAGCCAGAGCGAUCGGCUGCACCGCCGGCUGAGCCUGAGCAGUCUAGGAGGUGCUUCGGAUCUGACAAGCCUUGAUAACUACAAGGGCGACGGAAGCUAUUUUGGAGGGCAGGACGACGAUGCAGUAUCCACGUUUUCGGCGGCCAUCUCGCAGUCAUCGUUCACCACGUUUUGA